AAAUGAAGAGAAUUCAACAAUAUGCAGUGGAUGUGACUCUGGAUCCUGAUUCAGCUCAUCCUAACCUCAUUCUGUCUGAUGAUGGAAAACAAGUGAGAGUUGGAAACAAACGACAGAAUCUCCCUGACAAACCAGAGAGAUUUGAUCAAUGUGCCAAUGUGCUGGGAAAGGAGGGGUUCUCCUCAGGGAGAUUUUACUAUGAGGUUCAGGUCAGAGGGAGGACAGCAUGGACAUUAGGAGUGGCCAGAGAGUCCAUUAACAGGAAGGGACAGGUUAUACUGAGUCCUGAGAAUGGACACUGGACUGUGUGGCUGAGAAAUGAGACUGAAUAUAAAGCUCUGGAAUCUCCUCGUGUUCCUCUCUCCUUAAAACAGGCUCCCCAGAAGGUGGGGGUGUUUGUGGAUCAUGAGGAGGGUCUGGUCUCCUUCUAUGAUGUUGAGGUCAGGUCUCAUAUCUACUCUUUCACUGGUCAGUCUUUCACUGAGAAACUCUAUCCAUACAUGUGCCCCGGUCUCUAUGAGGGAGGUAAAAACUCAGCACCACUGAUUAUCACACCUGUUAAAACCCAUUAAAAACAAGUUCA